UCUGCUUCUGCUCAUCAUUGGACUCGUUUCAUGUAUAGUUACUCUCUGCAAGAAUAAGCGUCAGGCUCGAGAUAAAGACCCUGAUUCAGCCUCUAACAUGUCUGAACCUGGAACCGAAAACAGUGAAGCGGUUCCUCAAAUGCCUUACAUUUAUGAGGAGAUUAAAGACACCAGACUUCACACUGACUGCAAAACUGCCCAAUUACCCACAGACCCCUCUGGUUCUAUUACCACAGUUUAUGCUACUCCACAAUCACCCACAAAUCCCUCUGUUGAGUGGGAUAAACAGUGUAAGAAUCAGUUACCUACAAAUCCAUCUGAUUCUUGCACUCUUUAUGCUACUCCAGGAUUACCCAUAAAUCCCUCUGAUUCUACUAAAACAGUCUCUGCGUCUCCACAAUUACCCACAAACCUCUCUGAUUCUUCUGACACUGUUUAUGCUACAGGAAUAAUCAAGAUUUUCAUUUUCACUCUACUGAUGAUUCCUGGUACUGUGACCUCAAUCCGUGUGACAGGACAUUCAGGGGGUGUAGUCAACAUCACAUGCAAAUAUGAUAGAAAAUAUACAGACAAUGCAAAGUAUUUUUGUAAAUGGCGGAGAGGAGAGUGGUCCAAAUGCUCUGACCUCAUCAAGACUGAUAAGAAAAAUGGGGAAAAAUGGGUUGAUUCUGGAAGAUUCUCUCUGUUUGACGACACAAGAGCAGCCGUUUUCACUGUGACCUUCAGAGAUCUGAGUGAACGGGAUUCUGGGACGUACCAGUGUGGAGUUGAUAUCUCUGGAAUAAAAGAUUCUCACACUGAAGUGAAUCUGAACGUUGUAACAGCUGAUUGUUGUGAGAAGAGCAUCAGUCUCUCAGCUGCUGCAGGAGGAUCUGUGAACAUCAGCUGCAAAUACCCACAAUCCCACAGUGCUGAUGUGAAGUUUGUCUGCAGGAGAUCUGGAUCUGAUCUCUGUGCUGAAGAGACGUCUGUGGAGGAGAGCAGAAGAUGGAGCGCUGAGGGACAGAUGCAGCUGUAUGAUGACAGAGAGCAGCAGCUCCUGACGGGAACCAUCAGUCAUGUGACUCAACAACAUUCAGCUGAAUACUGGUGUGGAGUUCAGUCUGAUCAAGGACACAAGAGCUUCAUCACACCAGUCCUCAUCAGCGUUACAGAUGUUUCAGAAACAACUUCACCACAACCAACAUCUUCAUCAUCACCAUCCUCAUCAUCUUCAUCAUCAUCAUCAUCUUCUUCUUCUUUUUCAUCAUCAUCAGCUGAAUCUCCACUGCAGAGAAUGUGUGUCAGAAACUGA